AUGACCCCCGGUGUUUGGGCCGCGCAUCUCCUCAAUCCCCGGUGGCAAAACUCCUCUCCCAAUGGCAUUGCCGCUGCUAGCAUGAUCCAAUGGCCACAGCUACUUGCGGCGAAGCGUGAGUUCCAGUUGCAUCACCUGCUUGCUGGAACGAUUUAUGCCCGACUAAACGGUACUUUGAAAAAUGUUGUCUCCGUCCUCGUGUAA